AUGAUUUGGUUGUCGGAUAGACAGAAGUACGGGGUGGGGUUCACCACCUUUGGUGUCAUCUUGUUUCUCCUUGGAAUCUUGACGUUUUUUGAUUCGGGAUUGUUGGCGUUUGGAAACAUCUUGUUUGUGAUCGGAAUCAUCUUGAUCAUUGGACCACAACGGACCGUGACGUUCUUCACGAGGCCCACAAAGAUAAGAGGAACCGUGUGUUUCGGGAUCGGGAUCUUGUUGAUUCUUAUGAAAUGGUCGUUUUUGGGAUUUAUCAUUGAAAGUUUCGGAAUCCUUGGAUUGUUUGGGGAUUUCUUUGGGACGAUUGUGCAGUUCUUGCGGUCAAUUCCUUACAUUGGCGACUUGUUGAGCCACCCGUUAGUGGGGCCCACCAUUGACCGGGUGGCAGGUAUCAACACCCUUCCUGUUUGA